AGGUAGGUAUUGUAUCCUCGAAAAAUCAGAUCGGUGAUUAGUAGGAGGAAGGGAAGAGUGAUUUUUAGAGGAGGGAGGAAAGAAAGAGAAUGGGAGGGUGUGCAUCAAGGCCAGAUAGCUGUGUUUGUUUACCAUCAUCAAAUAAGAAGAAAAACGGGAAGCAAAGAAGAAGAAGAAGAAGAAGAAGAAUAAUCUCAAGGCGUGUUUCUUCUCUUAAGGCUGACAAACUCAAUGUUCCCGGUCAACCAGAUCGCUCUUACUCUAAUCCUGCUUUUCAAGGAAGCAUGGAUGGUGCCUGGUCUGAUGCUAUUUCAGUGCUUGAAUCUGAAUUUGAUGAUGAAUUUUAUAGUGUCUAUGAUGAUGUUGUAUCUGUUACCGAACCAGAGAAUGCGUCUGUUUCGUCGCCGAGAGAUUCAAAUAUUAUGCAGUCUAAAGCCAAUGAUUCCCGGAGUAAUGAUCAAGUGACUCCUGUAUAUGCGGAUGAAGUUUCUAAUGUGAGCGUUGGAGGUCAAGAGGAGAACAAUCACAGUGGGAUUCUUCCAAAUAAUUGCUUGCCUUUCCUUGCUUCAACUGUCGCUUCCAUUGACAAGAAAAGACCAUUGAGUCCAGGCACACCGAGUUCCAAGAGAAAGCCUUCUCUUAAACUUUCUUUCAAACGGAGAGAAGGGAAUGUUACCAAUCCGACCUUAGUUUCACCCAAGGCAUUUGUGCGAAGACCUAUUGCUGGUUCCUCAAUCCCUUACUGCCCCACAGAUAAGAAGAUGACUGAUUGUUGGUCACCCAUUGAGCCAAGUACUUUCAAAGUUCGGGGAAAGAACUAUUUUAGGGAUAAGAAGAAAGAUUGUGCUCCAAACUGUGCUGCAUUUUAUCCUUUUGGUGCUGACAUUUUUCUAUCUCCGAGGAAAAUUCAUCACAUUGCUAGAUUUGUGGAACUUCCUCAUGUCAACACAUCCGAUGAAGUUCCUAGUGUUCUUGUCGUAAAUGUUCAGAUACCUCUGUAUCCUGCCACAAUAUUUCAAAGUGAAAAUGAUGGAGAAGGAAUGAACUUGGUCCUGUAUUUUAAACUAUCUGAAAGUUACUCAAAAGAGCUCCCCCCUCAUUUUCAAGAGAAUAUCAGUAGGUUGAUUAAUGAUGAAGUGGAGAGGGUUAGAGGGUUCCCUCUAGAUACCAUAGCACCAUUUAGGGAAAGAUUAAAAAUAUUUGGCCGACUAGAAAAUCUAGAAGAUCUUCAAUUAAGCGCUACUGAAAAGAAGCUUAUGAGUGCCUACAAUGAGAAACCUGUGCUCUCACGUCCUCAACAUGAAUUCUAUUUGGGAGAAAACUACUUGGAGAUUGAUCUGGAUAUGCAUAGAUUUAGCUACAUCUCUAGAAAAGGUCUUGAAACCUUACAAGACAGGCUGAAGCUUUGUGUCUUGGAUUUUGGCCUGACAAUUCAGGGCCACAAGCCAGAAGACUUGCCUGAACAUUUGUUAUGUUGCAUACGUCUGAAUAAAGUGGACCACACCAAGUACCGUCAACUGGGGUGUUGACUAGGCACGUGUUAAACUGAGCUAGGGUUUUGAUACUGGAGCAUUUUUUAGUCAAUGAAAAACUUAUCUGAUAACCAAAAAUCCUAUUUUUAGUACUCGUUAUCAUCUCCAUUCAGGAUGUGUGCAAGCUGAAAUGUGAUCAUGCAUCCUCCUCUGUUGAGUUUAUUAAGCUCCUUCAUUGAUUUUUAUAGAUUGUAACUCGAGUGUACAGUUCUGAUGAAACAGAAUGCAAAUAAAUUCUUUCUUCUCCGCUUCA